GUCAAAGUGUUAAAUAAAGUGAUUUGUGCUAGUGUGAGUGUUUUCGUGAAUCCCUAAGUAGUUUUAUUGUACAUGGUGCCGAAACCAGGGAUGGACUUUGGACUCUGCAUUGUAAAACACUUGUAAAUUUUCAAGAUUUUAUUCUACGGACUUAGAAAAAUUAGCAGUGGUUUUGGACUUAGAAAAAUUUUGGGUCAUCUUCAACUUGUAAUUUUUUGAGAUUUUAUUCUACGGACUUAGAAAAAUCAGCAGCGGUUUGGACUUAGAAAUUUUUUGGAUAAUCUUCAACUUGUAAUUUUUUGCGAUUUUAUUCUAUGGACUUAGAAUAUUUUUUAACAAUUUUCAAUUUUUGAAAAAUGGCUGAGAAAUUACUUAAGAAUCAAACUGAUCUACUGGGAAGGUUAGAGAAAGCACAAACAAAUUAUAAAAAGACUCCAAAAAUUAGAAUAACUAAAGGUUAUGUGGACACAAGGAUUGAUACGUUAGAAAAGUUGCGUGCAGAAUUCAACAGUAAUCACAGAGAACUUAUUCAGAUAAUCAGACCUGAACAAGAGCAAGUUUUACCUUACUUUACUAAUGAUAAAUAUGAUGAGUUUGAAGAGAUGUACAUCGCCCACAUGUCGGAUCUCAAAGAAGUACAAAGCAAAUUCACUGAAAAGCACAAACCUGAAUCGAAUACCCCGCCGUGUAAUGAAGUUAAGCUUCCAAGAAUACAAUUACCAACGUUCAGUGGUAAAUACGAGGAGUGGCAGACAUUCUACGAUAUGUUCGUGUCGCUAAUACAUAACAAUGAGAAACUAUCAGCUGUUCAAAAGUUGCACUACCUGAAAAGCAGUGUACAAGGAGAACCAGAGAGCAUGCUGCGUAAUUUCGCUACCACAGACCAAAAUUAUGAUGAGGCUUGGAAACAACUGACUAAACGUUACAACAACAAACGUUAUAAUUCAAACGCAAUUCUUAAGAUACUAUUCUCACAAAAACAAAUCAAUACAGAUUCCUCGCAUGGUAUCAAACAAUUACUAGAUAUAACGUCUUCUUGUUUGAAAGCUUUGAACAAUAUCGGAAUAAGAACUGAAACAUGGGAUGUUAUAAUAGUUCAUCUUGUGGUUUCCAAACUGGAUGUGGAAUCUCAUAAACAAUGGGAACAGCAGAUAAGUCUUAUGGCGGAAGAUAUGCCUUCGUGGUUGCAACUGGUUGAAUUUCUAGAAGCUAGAUUCCGAAGCAUGGAGAUGAUAGACUCUAGUAAGCAAACUAAACCGUUGACUCAAGUGAAGAAACCAGUAACUAAGGCUAGAUCAUUCCAUUCAGCGGUGCAGCAACAGGAUAUCAAGAAGAACGAUUUAAUAUGUGCUCUGUGUGGCGAGUGUCACUACUUGAAUUUGUGUAAACAGUUUGAGAAGAAAUCUGUGCAGGAAAGAAGAGAUUUUAUACAAUCAAAAGGGCUAUGCUUUAAUUGUUUGCAACCGACGCAUGUUGUUAUGAAAUGUCGAUUACCAACGUGUUGCAAGAAAUGCGGCAGAAGACAUCACACUAUGUUACACUUUGAUAAGGAAGAGUUCAUGGAACAGACGAUUACUAAUCAAGGAGAGAAAAAUCAAAACAAAUUUGACGGAACGAAGCAAUCUGGGUCAUUCAUAGCUAACCCACUAAAUAUAGUGGCGAAUUUCUCAAAGCAAGACAUAAGCUAUCAAGUGCUGCUGGCGACUGCUAUAAUUAAGGCUCUUUCAAGAAACGGGAAGACAUAUCCUAUUCGUGCGUUGCUAGAUCAAGGUUCUCAAGCUUCUUUUGUUACGGAAGCAACGGCUCAAUUACUUGGUCUCAAACGUUUUUCUGUGAAUGGCAUGGUAUCAGGUUUGGGAGGUGGUCAAACGCGUGUAAAAUAUAUGGUAACUUUAGGUCUUAAGUCGCGUCACAACCCCGAAAUUACCUAUCAUGUAAAUGCUUAUGUUCUAGGUUCACUUACCUCGCUGCUUCCAGGUUGUAAGCUGGAAACACCUGACUGGCUGGAACUCCAGAAAUUGAAUCUAGCUGAUCCAAAUUUUGCUUCACCAGGUAAAAUUGAUGUUUUAUUAGGAGCUGAAGUGUACUAUGAAGUUUUAUUAGACGGCAUGAUGAAACAACCUCAAGGAAAACUCUUAGCGCAAAAUACGGUCUUUGGUUGGAUUUUAUAUGGUAAAUUGUCGGAUUCAUCUUCAGCUAAUGACAAUGUUACAAGUUUACAUUUACGUUUCACUCCGGACGACGAAUGUCUCAAACGUUUUUGGGAAUUAGAGGCUGAACCUGAUCAGAUUCAGAAGAGACUGACUAAGGAGGAGCAAUUAUGUGAAGACAUCUAUCAAUCUACAACUGUUAGAAAUAAAGAAGGAAGGUUCGUUGUCAAACUACCAUUUAAGAAUGAGGAUCCUGUAUGUCAAUAUGGACAGUCGAAGGAUAUAGCAACGAAAAAACUUAUAGCUUUAGAAAGGAGGUUAACAAAAGAUCCUAAAUUAUAUGAAGAAUAUCGAAAGGUGUUAGAUGAGUAUGUGACUCUCAAGCAUAUGACUCUUGUUGAUGGAGCAGACAUAGAUAAUCCUAAAGCGGUUUAUCUACCUCACCAUGCUGUAGUUAGAGACGACAAGGACACAACAAAGGUUCGCGUGGUCUUUAAUGCAUCAAGUAAAGGCAUCAAUGACGUUUCUCUUAAUGAUGAUCUGCUGGUUGGACCUAAGCUUCAACAAGAUUUAAGGCAUUUAUUGAUGAGGUUUCGCACACAUCGAAUUUGUAUUGUUGCUGACCUUGUAAAAAUGUAUAGGCAGGUGCUUGUACAUGCCGAAGAUACGGAUUUUCAAAGGAUUCUUUGGAGACCUAAUCCAGACUUGCCUAUUCAGCACUAUAAGUUGCUGACAUUAACUUUUGGAACGGCAUGCGCCCCGUAUCUGGCAGUAAAGACAUUACAAAGGCUGGCUGACGAGGAAACACAUAAUUUUCCAAAGGCAUCUGAAAUUACUAAAAGAGACUAUUACAUUGAUGAUUUAAUGACCGGAUGCAAUACAGAAGAAGAAGCUAAAAAUAUUUAUGAUGAAAUGAAUAAUCUAAUGAUGUCUGGAGGAUUUCAACUUCAGAAAUGGAGUAGCAACAGCACCGAGUUAUUACAAUAUAUUGGAGAGAACAAAAACAAUAAGGAACAGUCAGUGCCAAUCAAAGCUGAUAAUAUGAUGAAGAUUCUAGGAAUACAGUGGGAUCGAGCUACAGAUAAUUUUGAAUACACGGUCGCCUUACCUGAAGUAAAAUUACCAAUUACGAAGAGGCAGGUUCUGUCCGACAUUGCUCGAUUAUAUGAUCCAAUGGGCUGGAUUGCGCCAGUUGUAGUUUCCGCUAAGAUUAUUAUCCAGAAAAUAUGGCAAGAACAUUUAGACUGGGACGAUCAUAUCACCGGUGAGUUACAAGAGAAGUGGAUUAGAUUCAGAAAUGAUCUGGUUGAAAUCAAGAAAAUUGAAAUUCCUAGAUGGAUUAACAGUACUAGUAGUAGCUCUCUUGAGUUACACGCAUUUUCUGACGCGUCUCAAGCUGCGUACGCUGCAGCCGUCUAUAUUAGGGUUAUAGAGCCUGACGGAUCAAUACAUGUCAACUUGAUAUCGGCUAAAACAAAGGUUGCCCCAAUAGAUAAGGUAGUGUCAAUUCCCAGAUUAGAACUAUGCGGUGCAACUCUUGCAGCAAAAUUGCUAUUUGAGAUAUCUCAGGUCAUGAACAUACCGAAAGAAAAUCUUUAUGGGUGGACUGACUCCACAAUCGUAUUGGCAUGGUUGGAAGGUGGAGCUAGCAAAUGGACCACAUUUGUCAGCAAUCGUGUAUCAGACAUUCUCUCGAUUAUGGACUACGGACAAUGGCAACAUGUUUCGACUGACACAAAUCCUGCGGAUUGUGCGUCAAGAGGUUUGCAGCCCUCAGAAAUGCAUUCCGAAUAUUUAUGGUGGCAUGGACCUGUUUGGCUAAAGCAAUCUAAAUUAGAAGAGUCAAAAUGUAAAAUAGAUGAAACACAUGAAGAAGAAAGAAUAGUUUCUAUGAAGGUAACACAGAUAAAAGAAGAACAUUAUGAAUGGACGAAAUUUUCAAGCUUAACAAAGAUGUUAAAAGUAAUGUCAUUUUGUAGAAGAAUGUUGAUGAAAAGGGAAGAAAGACAGCAAUUACCUGUAUGGGUUAAACGACACGUGACAGUUAAGGAAAUGAAUCAGACAUUAGAGAUGUGUAUCAAACAAGUUCAAGGAGUUGAAUUUGAAGAAGAGAUAAAGUUGAUACUAGAAGGGAAAGAAGUCUUGAAGAAAAGUGUACUUCAUACUCUUUGCCCAGUUUUGGAUCAAAACGGGUUGCUUAGAGUGGGAGGACGAAUCGAUCAAGCUAAUGUGAGUUAUGACACUAGACAUCCAAUUAUAUUACCAGCUAACAGUCACCUUACUCAGCUUUUGGUCGCGGACGCGCAUGACAAGACUCUGCAUGGUGGUCCGCAGAUUAUGUUGAACUUUCUUCGUUCCAAGUAUUGGAUAAUACGAGCUAGAGAUCAAGUCAAGCGAUGCUAUCGCAAAUGUAUCACUUGUAUGAGAUACUCCAAAGCUGCUAGAGUUCAGUUAAUGGGACAACUUCCUGACGCGAGACUGAAACCUUGUAAACCAUUUAAAGCGACUGGAGUCGACUACGCGGGUCCUAUUAAUAUCAAAUUUUCACCAGGCCGUGGAGCGAAAUCUUACAAGGGAUACAUCAGCUUGUUCGUAUGUAUGGUUACGCGUGCAGUUCACAUUGAGGCAGUUACUGAUUUGUCAACUAAGGGUUUUAUUGCAGCUUUUAGACGGUUUACUUCGAGGCGAGGUCAUUGUCAAGACCUUUACAGUGACAAUGGCACGAAUUUUGUUGGAGCUGAUAAACAAUUACGUGAGAUGUUUGAUAGCGCCAAGUCAAAUCUGCCCCAAGAGAUCGCUGAAGCUUUGACGUUGGAGUCUACGACAUGGCAUUUCAUUCCUCCGCAAUCGCCAAAUUUCGGUGGAUUAUGGGAAGCCGGUGUACGAUGUGCUAAGGGACAUUUACGAAAGGUAAUUGGGGAUACUACGCUGACUUAUGAAGAGUUGUCUACAGUUUUAUCGCAGGUUGAAGCGUGUUUAAAUUCGCGUCCCAUAUCGGUUUUGAGUAAUGACGCAAAUGACCCUCUCCCCCUGACGCCAGGUCAUUUUUUAAUCGGAGAACCUAUGUUUAAUGUUUCUUAUGAUAAUUAUACAGAUUGUAAUAUUACUGGUAUUGAUAGAUGGAAGUUAGUUCAGAAAAUGGUUGGUGAUUUUUGGAUAAGAUGGUCUAAAGAAUAUUUGGUUUGUUUAAAUCAAAGAUAUAAAUGGAAUUCUAAAUUACCAGAACCCAGUGUUAAUGAUAUUUGCAUUAUUAGAGACGAUAGCGUACCACCAACUAAAUGGCUUUUAGGUAUAAUUGUAGAUAAGCAUGCUGGACCGGACAAUGUAACUCGGGUAGUAACUAUACGGUGUAAAAAUGGAUUAAGAAAGAGACCAUUAAGUAAAGUUUGUGUUCUUGACAAAUGA